GUGCAGUGAAGCAUACCUUCUGUAAGAACAGAAAUUUGUGUGCUCAGUGGAUUUGGCCGUGCACGCGGUUUACACUAUCCUUUUUUUUCGCAGGUUUAAGGACUUCUUCACUGACCGUAGACUUUAUACCCUUGUCUACAAAACAGGGAGACGAGUUUCCCAGUCCAGCAACUGACACCCCGCCCCGAAGAUUCUAGCAGUGCACCAAAGAGUUUCUGGAAGCUCUCCCUUCGAGCUACGAAGUACGAGCCAACUCAGUGGUUCUCAUGCAGUCACACACGAUCUCGAGUUGAUUUAAAGACAACAGAUCCGUCAACGAUGAUUAAGCUCAAUGGCAGCGAUCAGCAGACCUGCAUAUUGGCUGGUUCAUCAAUUUCCUUUGCGACUUCUUCCAUAUCUUAGAGCACAUCCUCGUUGCCAUCAAACUCUGAUGUCUACCUCGUAUCUUCUACAAAUGGUGUGUAGUCUGUUAUCUCGUGCUGGUGUCUAUAAGGGCUGUCCCAAUGAUUUGGCAAUUUGGAAAAUCAUAUUCGAAGUUCCUAUUAAUUCUAGCGUCCAGUGUCCACCACGGUCGUUCAUGCAAUUGAGGAAUAUUCUCGCGCUGCCGGUGCCGCCUACCAAACGGUAGAUUGUCGCAGGCAUUCGGAGGGGACUUGAGCAUCACAAUCACACAAGAUGAUUAUUUGCAUGAGUUGGUUCAUCGUAAACGCUCAGUGGUUCAACCGUCAACAUUCGGAUUAUUCACACUGGUUCUGGCACACGGAAGGGGGUUCUAAACGGACAGACCUUACGGGGAGCUUCGGGGGGGCUUUGUGUCCAUCCCGAUUCUGUAGAGUUGUCUAAAAUGUCCGACGCGAAAAUAUCAGCACCACCACGCCUUUCACCAGCGAACGGCAACGAGCGGAUGACUCAGACAACCCGCUGGACAAGGUACAUCUGCGCAAUAUGGGUUCCGAUUAAGUCCUGGGCCACGGGGCAGAUAAUGUAG